UAUCAUUUCGACUGUUACGUACGACAUAUGUUCGAGUGGAGCUUAUUCUGUUGUCCGUCGAACGCUUACCAGAUCAUCACAAAAUAUUAUUUAUCUCGUAACGACGCACGAUAACUUUUUUCCUAACGAGAUAUAUAAUUUUACUGUCAUUUUGUUUUAAUAAAUCUAAAUUUAGUACUUAAUGAUUUACUGUCAAUAAAAGUUACGUCAAAUCUUUUGAAUAACCAGUUAUCCGGUUGAAGUGUUCAUUGUUCUUAGUUUUUAUUUCAUACGAUUAUUUUGAAUUUUUGAGUAUUCCCCGUUACAUAAAAAAAAAUGGAACCGGCAAACAAAAAUGGAAAUACAACCAACGAAGAAGGAACACUUUCUCGUAUAAUAAAAUCCUUAAAAUCUGUUGAAAUGGUUUGCGAAGGAACUCAUUUUGAUGGUGAUAUCCCACACACUUUCAUUACAUUUGGUGCUUCGGGUGAUUUAGCGAAGAAAAAAAUCUAUCCGACUCUAUGGUGGCUUUUCAGAGAUAACUUACUGCCAAAGUCAACAAAAUUUUGUGGCUACUCACGAUCUCAUUUGACAGUUAAGGAACUUCGUCAAAAAUGUGAACCUUAUAUGAAUGUUCAAAAAAAUGAAAUGGAACGAUAUGAGCAAUUUUGGUCUUUGAACGAAUACGUUGCAGGAAACUAUGAUGGUCGAACAGGAUAUGAAUUCUUGACCAAAACAAUGGAAGAAAUGGAAAGCAAAUCAAAAGCUAAUAGAAUUUUCUAUCUAGCUCUGCCACCAUCUGUAUUCGAGAAUGUAACAGUUCACAUCAAGAAUAUUUGUAUGUCUAGAAAUGGCUGGAAUCGGGUUAUUAUUGAAAAACCAUUCGGUCGUGAUGCCGCAAGCUCAAAAGCUCUAAGUGAUCAUUUAGCUUCCCUCUUUACUGAGGACCAAAUUUAUCGAAUUGAUCAUUAUUUGGGAAAAGAAAUGGUUCAGAAUCUCAUGACAAUUCGUUUUGCUAAUAAGAUCCUAAGCUCAACGUGGAAUCGCGAAAAUAUAGCAUCAGUUUUGAUAACUUUCAAAGAACCCUUCGGAACUCAAGGGCGUGGCGGGUACUUUGAUGAAUUUGGUAUUAUUCGAGAUGUCAUGCAAAACCAUUUGCUACAAAUUUUAACAUUAGUUGCUAUGGAAAAACCAGUUUCCUGUCAUCCAGAUGAUAUUCGUGAUGAAAAAGUGAAAGUUCUCAAAAAUAUCCGUUCCCUGACACUGGACGAUAUGGUAUUGGGUCAAUAUAUUGGCAAUCCUGAAGGUGAAGGUGAAGCGAAACUGUCGUAUCUGGAUGAUAAGACAGUUUCGAAAGAUUCCACAACUCCAACUUAUGCUCUAGCAGUGCUUGAAAUUAAGAACGAACGUUGGGAAGGAGUGCCGUUUAUCCUGCGGUGCGGGAAAGCCCUUAACGAACGAAAAGCUGAAGUUCGUAUUCAAUAUCAUGAUGUGUCUGGUGACAUUUUCGAAGGUAACUCGAAACGAAACGAGCUUGUUAUACGUGUACAGCCUGGAGAAGCUCUGUACUUUAAGAUGAUGACCAAAUCCCCGGGAAUCACGUUCGAUAUUGAGGAAACCGAAAUGGAUCUCACCUAUGAACAUCGUUAUAAGGAUUCCUAUCUUCCAGAUGCCUACGAAAGACUUAUAUUAGAUGUUUUCUGUGGUUCUCUUAUGCAUUUUGUUCGUUCGGAUGAACUUCACGAGGCAUGGAGGAUAUUCACUCCAAUUCUCCAUCAAAUCGAAAAGGAACGCAUCAAGCCAAUACCUUAUGUUUACGGAUCACGUGGACCUAAAGAAGCCAACAAGAAGUGCGAGCAGAGUAACUUCAAAUAUUACGGUUCAUAUGUUUGGAAGAAUCCUGAAAAGUGAUUUUUUUGUGUGUGUGCUUAACAUGCUGAUGUACAUGUGUAUGUAUUUAGCUUUUAAGGAGAGUUAUGUAAUUGAGAUAUAUUGGGUGGAGAGAGCUUAAUUUACCUACCAACAGUUUUUUUUUGUAUACAAAAAUAAAAGAAUAUUUUUGAUCUAUGAAGUAAUGAAA